AUUCUCUCUCUAUUAAUGCUCUGAAGUUUCAAGCCUGUCGUGAACUCUACAUUCAAACACACACAAUCAGGAUGUGUAUGAUAUUUUUGGGAAUCGUCUUUGGGUUGCUGUCCCUCUCCAGUUCAGACAAUCUAACAGAUUGAUGGGAGACUGGGCUUUUUCUUCAUAAGCUCCAAAACUUUGGAUUUCUUUACCGAUUGACAUUAGCACUUUGAGAUGUACAUUUAAAGGCGCUAUAAAAAACAAAGUGACGUCACGUAGCUGCAGUUAUAUGGGAGUGUUUCAUGUGGAGGGAAGAGCUCGCUACAAUCUGACGUAUGAAGAUGCCAAGAGGUUGUGUGAACACCUGUCAGCUACAAUAGCACCAAAGGACCAGCUGGAGAGAGCUUAUAAUGCAGGACUGCAGACGUGCAGGUACGGCUGGAUAAGUAACAGUCAGCCGGUGAUCCUCCGUCACAGGCCAUAUAAAUUCUGCGCCGGCCACCAAACCGGCAUUGUGACUUGGGAAAACACUCGUCGUGCUGACGCCUUCUGUUACGAUAAAAACGAUUCAUCAGUGAAAGACUGUUCAGCUAGGUCUGGGAUUUAUUUACCUGGAUCUGCGAGUUUAAAUACAUUAGAUGGUGACUCUGCAUCUGCAGAAGACCAUUCGAGUGUUGAAAGGACAGACCAUGAAAAUGCAACUGAAGUUACACAUCUGGAGAACGCAACAACUUCUGAGCCGACUACUGCAGUCCAUUGGCCCACUAAUGGUUCUGCGUCUGUAAACACCUCACAGGGUUUUGCAAAGAAUGAUGUGACUGAUGAAACAGAUUACACAAAACAUCCACAGUCUACACCUGUAAAGCCUGAUACAGAUGCCACAAGACCGAAUGGGCCUCAGUCGGACAACAAAAAUAACUCAGAUUGGCUGGUCAUUUUACUUGUAAUUUUGGCUGUUCUACUCAUUCUCCUUGUAUGUGCUCUGGUAGCAACCAGAAAAAGGUAUGUUUUAUUUACUAAAACCCUCAAUAGAAAUACAAGUACAUGAAAUGGUAUUCAAGGCCAUGAAACAGCAAUAAUUUUUAUGGAUUUUUAUAUUGAAAUUAACAUUGAACACCACAGGAUUUCAGUGUAGACGGGAUUCUUAACCAGAGGUGUAAAUAGAAAACUGCUGGCAGCACGUUCUUACUCUCAACUCAUCAGCAAGUUAACAGCAACUGCUACAUGCACAUUGACCUCGUUUUUAACAUAAAAAUCACAGAAACUUUGAUAAAUGGCUGAUUGAUGGACCAUAGACAGUGUAAACGACGCUCGGACAGUUUGCAGUCAUUGUUUGGAUGCCACACAUCCAGAUUGCACACUCAGAAAUAUGUAUUUCAGGCUAUGCGCAAUUAAUUAACUUAAUUCUUGUUCACGUGUUGCAUUUCCUAUAAAAUGAUGUCAAAAUGAGUAACAUCAUACAUUUGCCCUGUUAUGUCUUAAGUGAAUGUCAACAGCUAAGAAAAAAACACAUGUAGAACAGUAUAAUGCAUGCAUGCAUUAGGUCUUUAAGCGACCAAUGUAUGUGAGCGAAGAGGGAGAGAUUUAAGUGAAGCGCUGUGACCUGUGCAGUGUUAUGGGGUUAUGUGCAUUACGUAAUAUUAAUACUUUUCUGAAAUAACAAGUAAAGUAACACAUGAUUUUAUAAAUGUACACAUUCAUAUUUUUAUAUGUUUUUUAAGUAAUGCAAGUUACUUUUCAGUUUAAUUAAUUCAAUAAAAAAUACAUGUAUACUGAAUUAAACUGAACAUAGUCACGUAGAAUUACACACUCUAUGUUUGCGCACCUGAGCGGGAACAGUUUGAGUCAGAAAAGGAGAUGGCAGGCCAGAGCUUAACAAUACUUUCUAAAACAGCUUUGUAAAACAGCAUUAUGACAUAUAGAUGUAAUCUAUGUAAGAAGUACAGUCGUUGCUCUAGACGAAUACAAACCAAUUUAAUAUGUGUAUUCCAUGUAAGUGAACUCUCUAUAUACACACCCAGAUACUUGUAGGUCUGUGACUGAGUAAUAUAAUGGUUGUGUAUAACCACUGGUUGAUGGUCACCAAUACAUUUUGGAUUAAAUACAAUCCCCUUUGUCUUUUUUGUGUUAAUUACUAACUCAUUUUUAUCACACCACUCAACAAACAUGCUUAUUUCUACCUGAUAAAUGGUGCUAAUAUGAUCAUCCCUGAGGAGUAAACUUUAAAUGGCUGUGUUGUCUGAAUAUUAUUAAUUGUCAAUUACUAUCCGUCAUUUUAUGUUUUAAUGAUACUUAUUGUUUUUGUUCACAUGUUGAUUUUUGAUCAUGACCUUACAAGACUGAUUAAUGAAUGAAUGCUUUUUUCUCACAGUGACAGUGGAUAAUUUUUCACAUUGUUUAUUAAUUAAAAAUAUAUAAAACCAGUACCAAGAAUGUCUAAAAUAAUAGUAAAGUAGUAGGGGGGAACUGGGCCAAAGUAACGCAGGACGAAAGUAACAAAGUGAUUUUCUCCGGGCCCUGAUUACAUUUACAUUCUAAACUAUGACAGCAUCUUUAGCACCCUUGACGGAACUGACAAAUAUCACAUUAUUUCGCAACUGUGUUGUGAAAGAUGUUUUUGACCAUGAUAAGUAAAUUCCUAAAGUGGUCAGCGUUUUUGUAAUAGAUGUGCUGAGUGAUUGACACGUUUAGCCACUCCCAUUUGUUUUAUACGGGGUUUCCCCGCACACCCGGAAGCUUUCAGUAAAGAACUUAGUAACAUUGCAAUAAGCAAUGUCUGUCUACUUUCUUCUUUAAAAUAUCACAGUAUAUCACAGUGGCAACGAGGAUGGGAUACUUGUAAGAACUGUUAGCUGCCAAGAAACACUUUGUUGCACUUGUCGUAAAGAAAUCUUAAGAGAAGGAACAAGGCACGAGUGAAAAGGUGCUAAUAACCAUGGCAACGAUGCAGUUUGGCCAUGUGUAUGAAUAUAAGGAAUCAAAGGAGGAUUUUGAAUCAUAAAAAAGGUCAGUGUGUUUCUCUCAGUGAUCGGGGCAGAGACAUAUGAACUGUUAAAAAACUUAGUCACGCCAAGAAAGCGAAUUAACAUACAAGGAGCUGAAAGACGCGCUGUUAGCGCAUUACAGACCCCAAACAUUACUGAUCGCGGAGCGUUUUAGGUUACAAAAAUGUAACCAAAAGGAAGGGGAAUCAGUGGCUGACUAUAUCGUGGCUUUGAAACAACUGAUAGUGAACUGCGAAUUCGGGCAGUAUUUGAAUGAUGCGCUCACAGAUUUGUGAGCGGACUAAAUUCAGAUUCGAUGCAACGCAAAUUACUGAGUCAAAAGGAUCUGACUUUCAACCAGGCUUGCGAAAUAGCGUCAUCCAUAGACCUGACAUCAAAGAACACACUGGAAAUCGCGAGUAAGACCAAGGAAUUAUAGUCAGUGAAUGCAGUGAAUGAAGCAAAACUUUUUCAUAAAAGAGAAAAAGGGAAGUUUAAGAGAAGAGAUGAUUCAGACAAAGGAAAAUACCAAAAGAAAGAACAAAGAAAAGAAGAAAGUUAUAAAUGUUACAGAUGUGCUGGAAAGCAUUCAGCUCGAGACUGCGGGUGUAAGAAUGAAAAAUGUCAUGUGUGUAACAAAAUACGACACAUUGCAAGAGACUGUAGAAAAAAGAGAUCAGCUGGACGGACACAAUAUGUGGAAGCAGAAAGUGGUAAUGAAGGAAAAGAUGAUGAAUUUGAGUUAUUUGGCAUAUAUACAGUCUACACAACCUCUAUUGGACAGAAAAGAAUUGUGGUGAAUGUGAAAUUGGAUGGAAAGGGCAUGGAUAUGCAGGUUGACACCGGAGCAGCAGUGUCACUGAUAUCGGAACUGACAUACAAAGAGUCCCUGUCGUACAUACCUAUAAACAAAACAAUCAUACAGCUAACUGCAUAUUCAGGUGAGAAAAUUCCAUUACUGGGAUCCAUAAAUGUACCAGUGCAAUAUGGAAGCCAAAAUGAGACUCUGCCAUUGGUUAUUGUCAAGGGAGAAAGACCAGCCCUGCUGGGCCAAAAUUGGCUGGAGAAGAUUCAGUUAGAUUGGCAAAGCAUUUUCAUGGUGGAGAAAGCUGAAGCGAUCUCGGAUCCAGAGUAAAAGCAGUGCUGAGACAACACUCAGAGGUGUUUUCUGAUAAGCCAAGUGCAAUUAAGGAUUUUGAAGCUACUAUACGAGUCCGUCCUGAUGCAACUUUAAUUUUUCGGAGAGACAGACCGGUCCCUUAUGCAUUACGAGAAGCAGUGAAAGAGGAACUUAAAAGACUGGAAAAAGCAGGUAUAAUAUCCAAGACAGAAAGAAGUGAGUGGGGAGCGCCUAUUGUGGUCGUGCCUAAGAGUGAUAAGUCCAUCUGAAUCUGCAGUGACUAUAAAGUCACAAUAAACCAGAACCUGGAAGAGGAAACAUAUCCACUCCCGAACACAGAGGAUUCCGCACUCAGAAAAAUACCUGACCAUUAAUACCCAUCCGAGGCCUGUACAGAUAUCAUCGUCUCGGACUUACGGAGUGGCCAGUGCUCCUUCAAUCUUUCAGGUUGUCAUGGACCAAAUUAUACAAGGGCUAGAUCAGAUCACCUGUUUCCUUGAUGACAUUCUUAUCACUGCCAGCUCAAAAGACGAGCAUAUAAAAAUACUGGACGAAGUUCUUUCUAGACUGGAGAGAUAUGGAAUCAGAGUAAAACUUUCAAAGUGUCGGUUCAUGCAAAGCAGCCUUGAGUAUUUGGGGCACUGCAUUGACAAAGAGGGUCUGCAUCCAACUGAGGAAAAAGUGGCAGCAAUUGUUAAUGCCCCAAAACCAAACAAUAUGACGGAGCUUCGUUCUUUUCUGGGCUUAUUACAUUACCAUGGAAAUGGACAGCUGCUUGUGAGAACUCUUUUGAGGGAGCUAAACAGCUUCUGCUCAGUAAUACACUACUGGUGCAUUAUGAUGGCAGCCGACCUUUGAAGCUAGCAUGUGACGCCUCACCUUAAGGGGUCAGUGCUGUAAUUUCCCACAUUAUGGAAAAUGAGGAAAAGCGCCCCAUAGGUUUUGCAUCCCGGACAUUGACCGAGACAGAAAAGAAAUAUACUCAGAUAGAACGGGAAGCCCUGUCCAUCAUAUAUGGAGUAAAAAAGUUUCAUAAGUAUAUCUAUGGGCGUAAACUCACUCUCAUUACUGACCACAAGCCUCCACUGGCAAUAAUGGGUCCAAAGGUAGCGAUACCAACUCUGGCAGCCCUUCGAAUGCAGCGUUGGGCUUUGGUGCUAAUGGCUUAUAAUUAUGACAUUGAGUACCGCAAGUUGGCUGACCAUAUGAAUGCAGAUGCAAUGUCCAGACUACCAACCGUGGGCAAAGACUGUAUAGGAGAGGAAGGGAAUGUUUUCUACUUUUCCCAGUUAGAUGAGCUCCCUGUGUCUGCACAUGACAUAGCACAAGCAACUCGAAAAGAUUCAACAUUGUGUAAAGUGUGGAACUAUACAGUAAAUGGAUGGCCCAAUUAUGUGUCAGAGGAGUGUUUAAAACCAUACUUCAUACGCAGGCAUGAACUGUCGGAGGAACAGGGCUGUGUCCUGUGAGGAAUGCGUGUCGUAAUUCCACCCAAAUACAGAUUAAGACUAUUGGACAAACUUCAUAAUGAGCACACGGGAAUCUGUCGUAUGAAAGCCCUGGCUCGUAGCUUCCUGUGGUGGCCAGGAGGAUUAGAUGGCUGCAUUGAAGAGAAGGUGCAGAGCUGUCGUUGCUGUCUGGCAGUUCAGAAAUCACCUGCCGUGACCCCUCUUUAUCCAUUGCGAUGGCCGGAACGCCCAUGGCAAAGGAUCCACAUUGAUUUUGCCGAGAAAGAUAAGCAGUUUUUGCUUAGUUUUGAUUGACAGGGAUUCUAAAUGGUUUGAGGUGGUUCCAAUGUCAUCAAUCACCUCUUCACUGACCACUGAUGCACUCCGAGGGUUCUUCGCAGCUUACGGGUUACCUGAGGAGGUGGUGUCUGAUAAUGGACCACAAAUCAUUUAUUUUGAGUUCACUGAGUUCCUAAAGAGAAAUGGUAUAAAGCAUACCAGAGUGCCUGCCUAUCAUCCAGCCUCAAACGGUGCUGUGGAAUGGUCUGUUCAAAUACUGAAACAAUCACUUAGAAAAAGAACACGGUUUUCACUUUUGAAGCCUGAUCUUGCUAAGCAUGUUCAAGAGAAACAAAAACAACAGAAACAAAAGAAACAGCAUGACGGAGGAAAAAAGGUUUUAAGAUCUUUUGUGGAGGAAGAACUGGUACGAGGACAGGAAAAAUGUAACAGUGCAACGGUGAUUGAGCGGAAGGGCCCUGUGGGUUAUUGUGUGCAGGAGGGUGAGAGAAGGCGUAUUGUACAUGUGGACCAGAUGUUGCCAAGAAACUUUGCAGAAGGAUUUCCUGUGCAUGAGAAGCCAGAGAACCCAAAUCCAAGUGUCACUGAUGACAAUAGGGUACCUAUGAACUUUCCUAUAGUCAGAGACAGUUCUAUGCAAAUCAAUGAGCCUGAGAUAUCUGAAAACCCAGAGCCUUUGAAACACCCUCUGCUAAGGCAGUUCGUAGAUAUCCACAGAGUGCUGCUCCAAAGAAGCUAGACUUAUAAGUUAUGGUAAUAUACGUGUUCGAAUGCUAGUGUUUUAUGCCUAAGUAAAACAAACCAAAAAGUAAAGUAAAUGUUACCUAAACAAGGCUAAUUGUAACAGUGGGGGUAUUGUUCUUGCACUCAGAGCCGAUCGGCCCUAUAAGCGUACUACGCAGACUGCAUAGGGCCCCGCAAAUUACGUAAGGCCCCGCCUCCUCCUGUUUUACAGCGCGUGUUAAUGUUUACUGAGAUGACAAUAUGAACCGGAGCUAUCCAUCUGGCCAUUAAAAAAGAAAAAGGAAAUAAAAUGAGAGUUAAACGCGAGAACGGCAAUCAGGUAAACUUGUGUUCUCUUCAAGUUUGAUGUCAUGUCAGCAAGAGCAAACAGUAAAGUUAAGUUGAUGUGAUUCUGUCUCUCUCUAUCUGACUUGCUAAAUUAGCUUUGUAGUGUUGCCAGUGCAUCUCUUAGCCUGUCUGUUACACAACAAUUUAUUGCGUGAAUAUUCGCGUGAAUAAAUGCCAAAGGGCAACUGUGUUUAUAAACGACAGCGCGAUAAACCCGCCACGCGUGAAUUUGCGUUCAUAUGCGCGUGCAAUCGUGCACGAAAUGAUAUGCGCGCUUUCCAGCAGUAACAUCUGUGUGGAGACCAUAACAAAAAUAGUGUGAUAACACUCCUAAAUGACAACGUUAAUGCAAUAUGGAAACCAAUGGAUUUACAUUGAAAUGAGUAUAAUACCAAUGAUAAGGUCAAAAUGAAUGCACAUCCCUCAGUAAAUAAUAACCAUCAGGGAUCAAGUAUUGCUCUUAUGCAUACUAUAAACAGUUAUACGGUAUGGCAAGCCAUUUUAGAUUUUAUACAUUCACAUGAUAUGGAUUUUUGAAAUAAAGAAGUCAGUUUUCACUACUUAAAAUAUAAAUAUUAAGAGUGUGAUUUAUUGUAGUAACCAUAUUUUGUAUGUAGUACAGAGGUGGGUACAAAUUCAUCAAAAACUAUUUUGUUACAAACUACAAAUACUGGCUCAUGAAAUGUAACAAAAUAAAAUACAAAAUACUGAUGUGAAAACUGUAUUUAAAUAAAAUACAAGUAAUAAGUAUUUUGAAAAUACAAAAAUACUCCCACAAUAAUCUUAAAUCUUUUUUAUAACGUUACUGCAGAAAAUGUUGGAGAUAGGCUAAUUCAAGGGGAAAAAUAACAGACCGAGAAUUUGUCACAAAAUCAAAAUUCCAUUUUAAUCAUAAUAUAUAUGAUUAAUUAUAUUAAUCAUAAUAUGUUUGGGUUUGUUUUACACACAAGACUCUACUGCCCUGACCUUAGUACUGCCUUUUCCAUAGUAGAAUCACGCUGCUGAAUUGAAAUAGUGCCCAUGUCUGUGUAGUUUUUAAAUUACGUUUUCUGAAAAAUUUUACUUUCGCCCCUGCUCUCCCUUAUCCUUAGCAUUAAAAUUAUGCUGAUGGGCAAUGACUAAAAGUCAAUGGGGCAGUUUCCCGGACAGGGAUUAGACUAGUCCUAAACUAAAAUAAAUGUAAAAGCUGUCCAAACUGAAAACAACUUGCAAUGACAUAUGUUAAAAUACAUCAUUGCCCUUUGUUUUGCCUCAAAAUGCACACAAGCAAUGUUUAAUGUAAGGCAUGUUUGUUAAAACUAGUUAAAUUUCAUAAUUAAACUAAGGCCUAGUAUUGGCUUAAACUAAUCCCUGUGCGGGAAACCACCCCAAUAUGUGACGUGUUGAGAGUGAGAACGUGUUGGUCUACACUGUCAGAAAAAAGUUACAAAGUGUUAUUUUUUCUGUCGCUGGGGUAGUACCCUAAAAGGUACCUUUUUGAAUCUUUAUGGGUAUAAAACACAUUGAAAUGUUGUACCUUAUGGGGUACAAUAUUAUACCCUAAGGACCAAUUGUGUACCUUAAGGAACAAUUUUGUACCAGUUAAAUUUUAGGGGUAUUUUUUGAUGAACAGAAUUAUGCUGAACCCCACUGGAGUCAUGUGAGUAGUUGUAACGGACCAGCAUUCGUCAAACUUUUAUGACCCCCUCCCCCACCCGGUGACAGUUGCUGUCUGACAGCUCGUAUUUGACAGGGGGCGGGACCAUCAAUCAAAAUCUGUACAAGUUGUCAACUUUAGACAGAGAGUAUUUAAUGGUUUUAUGACCGGUCAUUUAGCGGGUUUGUUUAUUCCUGAGUGUGUUUUAUGUCAAGCCUAUGCUGUCAUGUUUAAUGACAGGUUGUGUUUGUGACAUUUGCUGUCUCUAUCUAACACCCCUCCCUUUUCGACCCGUGCGCGUCUCAAUACUGCCUGUCACACUGCGGGUGUGUGUUGUUGAAUCUAAAGUUUUGCAACAUCAAAAGUUUAUUUAAAGUCAAUCACAAAUC